AUGCGAGAGUAUCGCCUUAAGUAUCAACAGUUUACUGAGGUAGAAGUGGUGGGAGCUAAAGUAGAAGUGCACAACUCCCGAAUAGAGUAUAUGCGCCAAUAUAGACGUAAUCAACGACUUAGAGCUGCUGAAGACAAUGAGAGAGUUAUAAGGAGACACAGACUAGAUGACGAAGUGGAAACAAAUAGCUGGGGAAGUAUCUGGCGUAAAUACAGUCUAACUAAAUCGGAAGAAAGACUCGUUUCCUCACGCCAUGUAUUUCAAUCAAGCUGGACACACAAAGGGUUAAGUAGAAAAUAUAGAAGCAAAGGUGGCAUAGUGAAUGUUCCAGUUGACGUAGACACAGCAGUUCCGUCACUUUCAUGCAAUCUCAAUGGCACCAAUACUAUUUAUUUGAGCUUAUCCCGUAGAAUGUGCUAUGUUAAGGAUUACAUCAGAAGCAACACUAGUCCGGCAAAAGUUUGGAGAGAAAUCAUUUUCUUACAGUCGACACCACUCUACCAAGAGUACAAUAUUACUUUGAGUAAUGACUGGAUAGAGGAUAUUACUAAAAGUAAUACUGAGAUCGCAAGGACUGAUGGCGCCGAAGGGCAAGAUAAUAGUGCAGAAGAAAUUGUAGAAGGUGAGUUGGAGGACCAUGGUAACCAAAGAACUGUACUUUUGUCUGACCAUGAAGCUACCAGACCUUCGUCUGGAAAUGGUAGAAUACCCUUAUCUGCUCUAACUGUCAGAGGUAGCGACUUUCUAUCCUUCCCAAAGAUAUUUUGUGGACAAAGACUAUCUAUACCUGAAAAUGUAUUCUGUUCAUCCUUGACGAAGUCUAUUUCAAGAAGGGUUCGUAGAGCAGCCCGAGCGGUAAAUUACAUCUUGUAA